GGAGAUGGUGUCUGCCUCCCGAACCCAAACUGGGACCUGGUUUCACAGGAGAGGAGCUUGAUAGCUGACAUCAUAACAUAACAUCAUCCCUUCUCCCAGAUUCCUCCACCUCUAACUUAACAGGUGACUGCAGAGAGAAACAGCUUCGCUCUUCUUCCACUCUUUUUGCCACCGAAGCUCUAACUUUUCUUUGCGAAUGCAAAAGAAUUCACAUUUUCCCAACUGAACUUUCAGAUCAAUAGUUUCCCUUCAGAGUCAGAAUCAGCUUUCAGGUUCACACAAACGAGGAAUUUGCUUUGGUAUUUUGGUGCAAAACAAUAGACACAGUAGAAAUAUAAAGAAAGAUAAAGCAAGUACUGCAAGGUCUUUCACCUUGAAAGAUUCCAUCCUUCUACCUGUCCUCGAGCUCUUAUAUCAACAAAGUCACGUGACUGACCUUAGGAGGCUUGGCUCGCCGUCUAUAAAAACACGCAUCUUCCUCUUUGCCUUACUUUACCUCAUCCGAGAUCCUAAGUGUAAUAACUGUGUUUCAGCAGCGGUGGUCCCUCGGGGAUCGACCACUACAGAGGCGGCUUAACAGGACAGACGAGUGAAGCUCCUGGUGACCCCUGGAAGGGUGAGAGCACUGGCCCUGGUGGCUUUUCUCCCCUUCAUCGGGGGAAGACAUGUCCUAAUGGGAACGGACAACUCUUCCACUGUGUGCCACGUAAAUCUGCAGCGAGAUCCCUUCGCUGUCUCUGGGCGGCCAGGAAGCUCUGGCUGUGGGCCUUGCUCGAACCGGGCAACAGAUCUCCUGUCCAGGACGGGCCCCCUUCCAGGCGAGAGGUGGUAACUCUACUGAUUCCCGAUUUGGCAGAGCUCGGCCCAAUCUGUUUGCGUUGGUGGAGAUGACCCAGUGCGAGAGCUGGUUUCCCCUGACGGCUCAGGUCAUGAGGUCACAGCGUGCUGUUAAUAGCUCCCCGGUGGCCUUGAACCAAUUAUCACUCUGUACUUAAACUCAUGGGGUAUGACAAUUAAAUGCCAAUAAAGCAUUUAGUUGCAAAAGCAAGUGAGUAAAAUCGAGUUUAAAAACGUUUAAAACGCUCUACUUUUAUUCUGAAGGCCAGAGGCGUUUACCGGAAGUUGUAUUUUUGUUUCCGGGUCUUGGCUUUUCCUUCUGGCGGAACACAGUUAGCAUGUAUGGCUGUGCUAGCGUGUUGCAGGAGUUAACAUGUUAGCCUAAUCUAUAAAGGGACAGAAACAGCGUCGGGUUCAGUUUUCGUGGAAAAUGUCCAGAUUUCAGGAGUUUAAAGAUUCAGUCAAACUGCGGCUGCGAACUGCGGCUCGCAAACAUCUGGUUGAACAUUUGGAUACAAAAACAUCCGGAUAUGAAAAGGAGCUCGAUCGCCAACAAAGACUACCGGAUCAGGUUUCAGACCCCGACCUGAAGCUGCGAAGAGCAGUGUGUCCUGCAGACGUCCAGCAGCUGUCGCUGAGGAAAGAAGAGGUUCCCCCUGAGCAGCAGAACUGGAGCCCCAGUCUGGACCAGGACCCAGAGCCCCCACACAUUAAAGAGGAGCAGGAGGAGCUCUGGAUCAGUCAGGAGGGAGAGCUGCUUCGAGGGCUGGAGGAGGCCGAUAUCACCAAGUUCCCAUUCACUCCUGUCCCUGUGAAGAGUGAAGAAGAUGAAGAGAAACCUCAGUCCUCACAGCUUCAUCAAAGCCAAACUGAACUGAUGGAAACAGGAGCUAAUGGAGAGGACUGUGGAGGACCAGGACCAGCCAGGAACUCAGAUCCAGAUACACAUUUACAACCUGACACUGAUGACAAGACGGAAGACUCUUCUGAGACUGAAACUGAUGACAGUGAUAAAAACUGGAGGGAUCCUGACAGCAAACAAUUUCGCUGCUCUGUGUGCGGUAAAACAUUUAAACAUAGGGGAAAUCUGAAUAUACACAUGAGAACUCAUACAGGAGUAAAACCUUUUAGUUGCUCAGUUUGUGGUAAAAGGUUUACUCAAAAAGCAGGUCUGGACUACCACUUGAGAACUCAUACAGGAGAGAGACCGUUUAUUUGCUCAGUUUGUGGUAAAACCUUUCGACACAAAGGAGCUCUAACAUACCACAUGGCGACCCACACAGGGGUGAAACCAUUCAGCUGCAGUGACUGUGGUAAAAGGUUCAGGGGGACGUCACAGCUCAAAAUCCAUAAGUGUGUUGGAGAGUCAUCACAGCUUCACAAAAGCCAAAGUGAUAAACGCAAGAAACCACUGAGCUGUUCUGAAUGUGAUGCAACAUUUCCUAACAAUUACCUUCUGAUGACCCACAUGAGAAUGCAUAAAGGCAAGAAACUGUUUACUUGCACAGUUUGUGGUCAAAAACGGCAGUUUAGUUCUCAUCUGGAGAUACACAUGAGAACCCAUACAGGAGAGAAACCAUACAGUUGCUCCGUUUGUGGUAAAAGAUUUUCACAAAGAGGAAUUAUGACGCAACACAUGGCAGUCCACUCAGGGGUGAAACCAUUCGGCUGCAGUGACUGUGGCAAAAGAUUCUUUUGGCAGUUUCAGAUCAAAAAACACAAGUGUCUUGGUGAGUCCUCGCAGCAAAGAAGGACUGGCUUUAAUGGACAGGACUGUGGAGGAUCAGAAUCAGUCAGGAACUUGGAUCCAGAUAAACAUUUAAAACCUGACAGUGAUAAAAAGACCAAACCGUCUUUUGAAACUGAUGACAGUGUUGAUAUUGAAUUUUGGAAAGAGACCAGGCAGCAUCAGUCUGGUUUCACUUAUCGGAGAAAUAAAAAAGUCUCUGUAAAAACUGAACCCAAAACCGAUGACAGUGUUGGCAGUGGUUUUUGCAAACAGACCAGGCAAUGUCAGUCAGGUCUAAACGAUCUGAAAAAUGAGGAAGUCUCUUUAAGUGAUACAGGAUAUAAUACUGACAAGAAACCAUUCAGCUCCUCUGAGUGUCAUAAAAGAUCUAAAGGCAGUCACACUCUGCAGACACACAAGAAAUGUCAUACAGGAGAGAAACCAUUUAGUUGUUUAUUUUGUGGGAAAGGAUUUGCGACAGGAGGAUAUCUGACAAGACACACGUGUGUCCAUACAGGAGAGAAACUACUCAGUUGCAUUGUUUGUGAGAAAAGAUUCCCUUUGGAGUCAGAGCUCAUAAGCCAUGAAUGUGUUGGUGAGUCCUCAAAGCUUCUUCAAAGCCGAACUGAGGAACAGAUUACUGCCAACAAACUGUUUAGCUGCUCUCAGUGUGGUAAAGGAUUUGGCCGUAAGCACCAGCUGCAGGUACACAUGAGAAUUCACGCUAAAACAUUUGCCAGGCGUGAAAAUUUAAGUUUUCACAUGACAUGUCACACAGGGGAAAAGCCUUUCUGCUGUUCAGUUUGUAACACAGGUUUUAGUGACAGUGAGUCUUUAGUUAAACACAUGAGAAUUCAUACUGGACAAACACAAUUUAGUUGCUCAAUUUGUGGUAAAGAAUUUGCAUGGAGAAGAUAUCUGACAAAACAUAUGGAAGUCCACGCAAAGGAGAAAAUCUACAGGUGCAGUGUUUGUGACAGAGGAUUCACUCGGAUUUAUCAGCUCAACUACCAUGAGUGUGUUGGUGAGUCCUCACAGCUUCUUCAAAGCCGAACUGAGGAACAUAUUACUGCCAACAAAUUGUUUAGAUGCUCUCAGUGUGGUAAAGGAUUUGGCCGCAAGUACCAUUUGAAGGUACACAUGAGAAUCCACACAGGGGAGAAACCUUUCAGUUGCUCUUUGUGUGGGAAAGGCUUCAUUGAAAGUGGAAAUCUGAAGGUGCACAUGAGAGCUCACACAGGAAAGAAACAAUUCAGCUGCAGUGUUUGUGACAAAAGAUUCACUUUGCGUUCACAGUUAAAAAUCCAUCAGUGUGUUGGUCAUCAGUCCUCGCAGCUUCAUCAAAACCAAACUGAACAGAUGGAAACAGGAGCUGAUGGAGAGGGCUGUGGAGAACCAGGACCAGCCAGGAACUCAGAUCCAGAUACAUAUUUACAACCUGACACUGAUGACAAGACUUCAGAGUCUUCUGAGACUGAAGACAGUGAUGAUGGUUGGGAGGAGACCAGAGACCCUCAGUCAGGUUUAAACUCUCUGAAAAAUGAUUUAGUCUCUCAGAGUGAAACAACAUGUGAUACUGGCAGGAAACGAUUCAGCUGCUCUGAGUGUGGGGAAACAUUUCACAACAAUCACCUUCUGAAGAUCCACAUAAGAAAUCAUACAGGAGAAUACAGGGAGGCAAAGCAGGAGGACCCAGAGCCCCCACACAUUAAAGAGGAACAGGAGGAGCUCUGGACCAGUCAGGAGGGAGAGCAGCUUCGAGGGCUGGAGGAGGCCGAUAUCACCAAGUUCCCAUUCACUCCUGUCCCUGUGAAGAGUGAAGAAGAUGAAGAGAAACCUCAGUCCUCACAGCUUCAUCAAAGCCAAACUGAACAGAUGGAAACAGGAGCUGAUGGAGAGGACUGUGGAGGACCAGGACCAGCCAGGAACUCUGAUCCAGAUACACAUUUACAACCUGAGACUGAUGACAAUCCUGGAAUCUCUUUUAAAACUGAUGACAGUGUAGACAGUGAUUUUUGGAAAGACAACAGGAAACCUCAGUUAGAUUUAAACUCUUUGAAAAAGAAUGAAAUCUCUGAAAGUGUUAUGGGUUGUGAUUCUGGCAAGAAAGCAUUUAGCUGUUCUGAUGACAAGGCUUCAGAGACUCUUGAACCUGAGAGUGAUGACAGCGUUGACAGUGAUUUUUGGAAAGACAACAGGAAACCUCAGUUAGAUUUAAACGUUUUGAAAAAUAAUGACGUUUCUGAAAGUGAAAUGAGAUCCAACACUCUCGGGAAACCAUAUAGCUGCUCUGAGUGUGGGAAAGGGUUUCUCAGCAUUUGCAAUAUGAAGAACCACAUGAAAUUUCAUACAGGAGAGAGAGCCUUUUUUUGUUCUGUUUGUGGUCAAAAAUGUCUUUACAAGUCCCAUCUGAAGAUACACAUGAGAACUCAUACAGGAGAGAAACCAUUCAUUUGCCCAGUGUGUGGUAAAAAAUACGCACAUAAGGCAAGUAUGCAAUCGCACAUGGUCGUCCACACGGUGGAUAAACAAUAUACAUGCAAUGUCUGUGACAAGAGCUUUGCCUGGUAUACAGAGCUUAAAUACCAUCAUUGUGUUGGCGAGUCCUCACGUCAAACACCACACUGGGGAGAAACCAUGUAGUUGCACAAAGGAGAAAUCUGAAACGCCACGUCAUUUGUGAGAGAAGAUUCACUCAGCUGCUCGGAAACAUACGUGUUGAGAGCAGGAAGUUAAGCUGUAGAGUUGAGCUGCAACUAACGAGUUUUUACAUUACUGAUUUAAUAUGCAGAUUAUUUUCAAACAUGUUUUGGCUGACCAACAGUCCAAAGAUGUUCAGUUUACUGUUAUGAAAUGACAAAAUAAAGCAGCAAAUCCUCACAUGUAAGAAGCAGGUUUCAAAUGACUGAAACUAUUAGUUGAUUAUCAAAAUACUUGCUGAAUAUUUUUCUGUCUGUGGAUUGAUCGACUAACGGUUGCAGCUCUGCUGUAGAGCUGCUAGUUGAGCUGUGUUUCAGUCAUGUAUUGAAGCAAUGAAAACGACAGGAAAACUUAAUUUUGAGUGUUUUAUUAGAUAAAGAAGUGAUUCUGUUUUCGAACACACUGAAGAGAUUUUAUUUUUUGUAAGAAAUGCUUUCUCUUUGCAGCAAUACAACAACUUCCUGUUUAUCUCUUCUUUAUCCUGUUUCUAGCCACUAUCGUACUGCAUCAUCAAGAUGGAUGAUCUUUAGCGUCCACAGAGUCUUUUCUGAACUUUAAAAAAUAGAAUUUUCUCACUUUGGACCCUGGACUGGGACUCGCAUACAAGAUAAACUUCAUUUAGAAACGCAGCCUUCAUAUCAGACUUUCAAACAUUCAGGAAAUGUUUGAUGAGAAGUGUUCAGAUGUUUCUCCUUCAAGCCUCUCAGGUGUUACUUUAGUGUGAGAUACUGUAUGUGAAUGUUGUAAAUUCAUUGUGAACUUAAAGCAAAUGGGGCUGAAUUGUGGCAAAGACAAAUAUUUUAUCAACAUUUUAUUUAACAGCUUCACAAACGUUAAAGUUGUAGCUAGAAGUGCCUCUAAAAUGUAACAUGAUAUUUUAUGGAUUCAUGUUAUUCACAUUUUAAUAAAAUAUGAAUUAUAUCUCAA